AUCCACGUAAUGAGGAAGACUGGUAUAUAACGGCGUGGUUGAAAUCUUUGCAGCAUUCAGUGAGAGGAUUUGGCAGAAACAUGAAGACAUUUCAAGCACUGGCCAUAUUAAUGCUCUUAUCUUUCAGGACAUCGUGGGGACAAAAUAACGGACCUAGAUAUGUUGGAUCUGGAAGGAGAGGAGAUGUUCUAAACAUGGGUGAUGUCGAUGAUCAAAUAGCAUUUAACAUUGACAACACUGGUGGCGGAGGUAACAGUGGUGGAGGUGGCAGCGUCGCUGGAGGUGGAAGUGGUGGAGGUGGCAACAUCGGUGGAGGUGGAGGUGGAAGUGGUGGAGGUGACGCUGGUGGUGAUGGAGGAGGCUUAAAAGCACCGCAAGAUUGCGAUACAAUCAUGAAAGUAUGUCAGUGUGAUGGAGGAGGUACUAAAGGAGGAGGCACCAAGGGAGGCAGUAAAGGUGGACAAAGAUCUUUUAGUAGCCAGUAUGGUGAUGGAUACAAUCCUCCAGAUUACGCCAUAAACAACUAUUAGACAUAUCCGCCUUUAUACUGACCUUAAUAUACUUUGGUUUUAUAAUUCUUUAUAUUUUAGAAUAAAUAGAAGUUUAUUUAUCUAUUUUUGUGAUUUGAGUUCGUUUAUGUGAAUAAAUACAAAUUUGGAUCUGUCA